UACAUUUUUGUAACUGUAAAAUCUCGACGUAAGCUGGAGGGAGCGACUGUCGCAACCCAGUGCAGGGCACUACACCAUAGUGCCGGUAAGUCCUCUCUUUGAGGAGUGGCUCGGGAGGAGUCAUGGCGCCCUCACGUACCGCAUGACGCAGGACCUCACCGGAUACGGUUGUUUUGGGAGGUACCUGCAUCGAAUCGGUCGUGAGGAGGCGUCCGGGUGUCACCACUGUGCGAACAGCCCCGAGGAGCAGCACGGUGGACCACACAGUCCAGGUGUGCCCUUUGUGGGAAGGGCACCGCCGGGUCCUCGUCCAGGCCUUAGGCGGCGGCGACCUCUCGCGUCCGGCUCUGGUUCAUUCAGGCCAUGGUCUGGGGCGAAAGGGAAACAAAACGUUUUACUUGCCGAUAUCGGAUUGAAGAGAAAUAAAGUACUUAGAUUCAAAGAGGGGAAAGAAGUUAAUUAUGUAUAGACAGUACACAUAUAACUACAUGCACUACAACGCUAAAAUGAA